GUGCGGCCAACGAUAUGGUAAUCGCAGGAUUCAAAAUACCAAAAGACACUCAUAUAAUAAUCAAUAUGUGGGCCAACGAUAACGACCCAAAUGUAUGGGAAAAUCCAUCGGAAUUCAGACCCGAAAGACAUCUCAGCGAAGAUCACAAGACUUUCAUUAGAGCCGAGCAAUUGAUCCCAUUUUCAUUAGGGAAGAGGUCGUGUCCGGGAGAGGGCUUAGCGGUGGUCGAAGUGUUUCUAUAUCUGAGUUCUUUGCUUCAGAAAUACGAUAUCAAAGCCAAUCAUAAAACCGAUACAAGUCUUGAAUACUUGUUUCAGUUCACAAUCGCUGCAAAACACGAUCCUUACGUUACUAUCACUAAAAGACGGAAAUAA